AUGAGCUACGCUUCUAACCUCUCGCCAUCACCACCCACGCAGCUGGGUGAUCAAUCUCAAGGCUCGCUGGCAAGCAUUGGCGGCGACCUCGCGACCGACAAUACUGCACACCCUCACAGCGCCGCCACCCCCGUGCAAUACCACAAUCACAAUCAAGGGCGUGGCAUGUUCAACCAUAUCCACGGCAAUCAGGAGAUCAAUGUGAAUAUCUCCAUGGAUAUAGCCAAGGUUCUCUCAGAGCUCCCCCAGAGCCGUAUUCUUCUCGGACGAGAACAAGUCGAAGGUUUCUUGAAAAUAGUUGGAUGCGCUGCGAAAGCCAAGGAGAUUAUCCGUCGCAAUCGCAAUGCUCUACGGCUCGAUGUGAUGACAUUCCUCUCGGACGUCGAAGACCAGGCUCGCAAGUAUGCAUCACAAACCCCCAAUCCAUUUAAGUGUUUCACAAAGGGGAAUGAUACUCAACCCCGAAAUUCAUCGUCGACGCACGAGCCUCGCACACAGACCCGUAAUCCAUUUGCAAAGCUCAGGCAUCGGGCACAAGAGAAAGGUCGUAUCUCCGGUAAUACGACUGCUUCCCACUAA